GUCAAGCUCUGAAGUCGAAGCAAAGUCAAGAGAGAGAGAGAGACAAAAAAAAGGAUGGAGAGAGAACUUAGACGACCGAACCCAAUCAACAGCUCUCGCCGGCCGGAGAUAUUUUCUUCUGGCGCUAGUAGUACUCAACUACCGGAAAGCCCACGAGGCCCAAUGGAGUUCUUGUCUAGAUCCUGGAGUGUCUCCGCCUUGGAAGUCUCCAGAGCUCUCCACACAGCCAAAUCAGCUUCGGCCACCAACAGGCCUCCCUCAUCCAUUAACACUCCGAUACCGGAAGAAACGUUAAACCCUGAGAAAGAAGAAUGUCCGCCGGAGAACACAAGCAACAAUAGUAGUGUUAGUAGCCAGUUCUCGUUCGCUGCCUCGGCCACUUCACAGCUUGUUCUUGAGCGCAUAAUGUCUCAAUCGGAGGUGUCACCGUUAACGUCGGGGAGGCUAUCACACAGCAGCGGCCCACUCAACGGCGGCGGUUCUUUUACGGAGACAGACAGUCCUCCCAUCUCCCCCUCUGAUGACUUCGACGACGUCGUCAAGUAUUUUCGCACCCACAACACCAUACAGCCUCUCUUCUCCGGCACAGGAGGCAGCCGUGGUACCACUGGAAAUGGGAGCAAUACCCCCAUGGCUGGAACCGGCCCAAAGACAGUUGGUAGGUGGCUCAAGGACCGUAAGGAAAAGAAGAAAGAAGAGACUAGAGCUCAGAAUGCACAGGUCCACGCAGCUGUUUCUGUUGCAGCGGUUGCAUCUGCCGUGGCAGCUGUUGCAGCAGCCACAGCUGCUUCUUCACCUGGUAAAAACGAGCAGAUGGCCAGAAUCGAUAUGGCCAUGGCUUCUGCGGCUGCUCUGGUGGCUGCUCAGUGUGUGGAGGCUGCAGAAAUCAUGGGAGCAGAAAGGGAUUUUCUGACUUCCGUUGUGAGCUCUGCAGUGAAUGUUAAGUCCCAUGACGAUAUUGUCACCCUUACUGCAGCUGCUGCAACAGCUCUGCGAGGAGCAGCUACACUCAAGGCAAGAGCGCUUAAAGAAGUAUGGAACAUAGCUGCAGUAUUACCAGCCGAGAAAGGAACAAGUUCAGCUUUGUGUGGCCAGGUUGACACAAAGCACAGUGAUAGCAGCUUUAGUGGAGAAUUACCUGUUGCUGGGGAAGACUUCCUUGGCGUCUGUAACCAGGAACUACUAGCUAAAGGCACUGAGCUCCUCAAACGAACUCGUGGAGGUGAUCUCCACUGGAAGAUUGUCUCUGUCUACAUCAACAAAGCAGGCCAGGUUGUGCUGAAAAUGAAAAGUAAACACGUUGGAGGGACCUUCACAAAGAAGAAGAAACAUAUGGUGCUUGAAGUGAGAAAGGAUAUACCUGCAUGGGCAGGCAGGGAUCUUUUCAACGGAGACAAGUAUCAUUACUUUGGCUUAAAGACGGAAACAAAGAGGGUCGUUGAAUUUGAGUGCAGAAACCAAAGGGAAUACGAGAUAUGGACUCAGGGCGUUUGCCGCCUACUUGCCAUUGCUGCUGAGAGGAAGCAUAAAAGUUCCAUGUCCAAAUGGAUGGCACCUUAACAACAUAAACUAGGAGAGAAGUA